CCGCAUCGUCCUUCUUCGUCGGGUGGGGUUUUAUCCGAUUUGCUGCUGCGUUGAAUGUCGCAACGUGUUCAUGUUUCAUGUAUUUUGCAAGAAUACCACAUGUGGCCAUCACAGAAAGAUCUGCGGCGGCGUGAGUGAGUGAUUUGAACUUUUUUGCUGUCUUCAGAGAGCCGUUUUCCCAAAUAAUGUCCUGGACACGAUUGAAUUGUGCCAAUGUCAACAUUUUUGUCCAGGUUCACAGCUGGAUCCUACUCAUAUCUUCUAUUCAAAGACUUCUUGCUGAUCUUUUCAGAAUGGAUGCAUUUGUAAUAUUUUUGUCAUUUAAUUGUAUACGAAUGACCCGAAACGUUAAUAUGCUCCACAUGGAUUUACAGUGCCGAAGUUUGAAAGCCACACGAGGUUUAUUGAUGUGCUGGCUUGCAGCGGUGGAACUACUGAGGUUUUCGAAGGUGUAAGAUUUGGAGAACGGCUCUCAAUUGGUUUCGGCACAGCGGCGUGAGCGGUUUGCACUGUUGCCUCGCACCAAAAGGUCUGUGGGUUCAAAUCUGUUCUGUGCGGCAUUUCAAUGUUUCUUCCUCCCACAAUCCCAAAUGUCAACGAUGUGCAUCGCUUGAGCCUAUUCGACACCUUCACUUCAGUUCUUCAAGUUUGGCUCCGAUGCCCCCGCCUCGUGCGGCAAAAUUCCAAUCAUCCUUGUGUGACGCCGCCCGAAGACUGCCAAUCGGCCGUAUUCUGGAGGUGAUGUUCACGCUUGCCAAUGUGUACAGCGCGCGUAAGCCCUGUGAUGGACUGACGAUCAGUCCGGGGCGUACCCCGCCUCUCGCCCCGUGGCCCGGAAACGGCGAGCGGAGGCAGUCGCAGUGCCGGAGACGGACGGAGGGCUGAACCGAUCGAUGGGACGCAAUGCAAAGCCAUGCGUGUCCCCUCCAACAAAGUGUGAUGCGGACGGGCUCCCCGGUGGUUUCGGAUCAAGGGAAUCCUUCCUUAGGCCCGGUGAAAAGAAAGACUGGAAAAGGCGAAGGCGCGGUCGCGGUAACAGCUGCAGCAGCCACAACAGCGCGGACCCCGGCAGAGGAAAACCGGCGCCCACAUUUGAAGCGAGCGGAAGUGCGGCCAUGCGCUGCUCCACCCUGCUCGCCAUCCUCACAGGGGUGCUGCUGUACUUGGUGCUGGGUGCCGUGGUGUUCCGGGCUUUGGAGGCGCCGCCGGAGGAAGGCCAGCACAGGCGGCUGCAGGGCACGUGUCGGGAAUUCCUGAUGAACUUCACAUGUGUCGGCCCGGAAAACCUGCAAGCGCUCAUAGAGGAGGUGGCAGAGGCCAUCGGUGCAGGUGUGGAUCCUGGCAGGAACGCCACCUAUGUCAGCCAGUGGAAUCUGGCCAGCGCCUUUUUUUUCUCCGGGACGGUCAUCACGACUAUCGGUUUUGGAAACAUCUCCCCCAAGACGGAAGGCGGUCAACUGUUUUGUAUUUUCUACGCCUUGGUUGGGAUUCCGUUCUUUGGCAUCUUGCUUGCCGGAGUUGGAGACCAUCUGGGUACCGGGUUGAGGAAGACAGUUGCCAAAAUAGAGAAACUCUUCCUGAAAUGGCGUAUCAGUCAAACCGUUGUGCGAGUGAUUUCGGCCAUCUUGUCCAUCCUGCUGGGCUGCCUGCUGUUUGUUGCCGUGCCGAUCCUGGUUUUCCAAAGGGUGGAAGGCUGGACCCUGCUGGAGUCCGCAUACUUUGUCGUCAUCACCCUGACAACGGUGGGGUUCGGAGACUAUGUGGCAGGGGAUUCGGGGCUGCGAGGCAGUGACCACUGGUACAAGCCAUUGGUAUGGUUCUGGAUCUUGGUGGGUCUCGCCUACUUCGCGUCCAUUCUGUCAAUGAUUGGAAAUUGGCUUCGAGUUCUCUCCAAGAAGACCAGAGCAGAGAUGGAGGAACUGCGAGCCCACGCCACUGACUGGACUCAAAACAUCCAGAAUAUGGAUUUUCGCAUCUCCGGGAAAAUUGAUGACCCCUUUAGACGGCGGCGGCGGCGGCGGCGGCGGCGGCACCGGGAUCGCAGCCACGCCCACGGCGGUUCGGCUCCUGGGACUCCUGAGGGAGAAGAUCAGAGUGAGAGCGAAACUGAUUCGGAAUCGUACUCCUCUUAUACUUCCUCCGAUGAGUCCGAGUCAGCGUCCGAAUCUGAAACCGCUCGGUCUGAGCAGGUGCCUGAAGAAAACAAGGACCCCCUCUUUUCUCAGCCGCUUGACUAUUUGGGGGAAAACCUCGCAUUCAUUGAUGAGUCAUCUGAUGCCCAAAGCGCUCGUUUACAUUUAGAUACUCAAUUCGACAACAAAAAGCAAGCAAAUCCAAAACGCGGCCAAUCGCACAAAAGGAGGCGCCACGGGGGGCCCGCCCCACGCGGGAGCCCCAAACGUCAUGGAAACCAAGAAAAGGACUACAAUGGAACCCCACGACCAGUUCCAAACAUACCGCUGAAGCCUCAACUAUAAAGGACUUACUGUAACACAAUGUGCCCACUGUGGGACGCACUAAAAAGGUGUGACCAAAAAAAACAAAAAACACAAUUUCUUUGUGUGUAUUGCAUAUUUCCAGGCACGUGAAAUUGAAAUGUUGCACAAGCUUUGGGCGCAUGUGUUUUGCAGAUGAUCCUCUUGACUUGAGCACAUAUGCCUUGAAAUGUUCAAAUGAGCUUUUUGACUUGCUGCCUGAGGAACCGCUGCCCUCUGCUGGGCUGAGAGAGGAUCAACCCUUUCUAGAAUUAGCCGCCUCGUUUUUUUAUGAAUUUGUUGUUUAAGCGUCCAAAAUAAUAAUACUAAUCAGGAUGACCAAACCAAAGCAAAACAUCAGACCGUAAAUGCAACUAUUUUGCGUGCUGCUGACCUCCUACAGAUGCCUGCCAACAAACCUUUGAGUUGGCACAUUUGUACAUUUCAAAAUUGAAAAAAUGACGGCCUGGUGCCGAACGUUACUCCACUCCAUUUACUGUAUGUAUGUCUUUUUUGAAUAAAAUACAACCACUGUGUUUA